AUGAAGCAACGCUUAUAUGAAUACCAUCAAGGUGCUGUUGUCUUCAACAUGGUAGCUUUCUGGGUAGAGAAACGAAGGCGGCAAGCCAUGGCCGAUCUUGAUGGAGAUGCUGAUAAGGUUCUGGAGCGAGUCAAGAGAGAAGUGCGAGAAGAUUUGAGACUGGACUAUCUCGUUACUGGAUCGUGGUCGCUAAAGGCAUCCCAAGAAGCUGCCAAUCUGCUCGCGCCACUCGGGGGAAAGCCUGUCAAUGUCGCUGUGGAUGCACGAAAGAACGGGAAAUUUGGCGACAUCCCCAAGGAAGAAGCUUGGAGCCUGACGCCGCAUGGAGCCGCUCUUGUGUACUAUUGUGACAAUGAGACAGUCGAUGGAGUAGAAUUUCCUGCGAUGCCGCAGCGCCUUCAAGAUAAUGAUUGCGUAGUGGCUGACAUGAGCUCCAACUUCCUCAGUAGGCCUUUCAACGUCGACAGGUAUGCUGUGAUCUUUGGUGGUGCGCAAAAGAAUGUUGGCAUUACAGGCGUCACGCUUGUGAUCGUCCGUAAGGACGUCCUUGAUCCGAUCAACACAGCAUUCCUCCAUUCUGUGGGUGUCUCAUCACCUCCUGCCGUUUUCGAUUACCGGAAUGUCUCUAAAUCUUUAUCUCUCUACAAUACUAUGCCUGUCUUCGAUAUUUGGAUAGCUGGUAAAGUCGUUCGCGGUCUGCUUGAAGAGCAUGGCGAUCAAAAGCUUGUUGGACAGGAGAAGGUCUCUGAUUCCAAAGCCAAGCUAAUAUACGAUAUCUUGGACGCCCAUCCGGAAACAUACCAGGUAGUACCACAAAAGAGUGUACGAAGUCGAAUGAACAUCUGCUUUCGUGUCGGCAACGGAGACGCAGAUAGCGAGAAAGAGUUUUUGCAAGGUGCUGAGAGGAAGUUAUUACAGGGUCUGAAGGGGCACCGUUCGGUGGGAGGAGUGAGGUUUAGUAAUUAUAACGCUGUCACGGUGGACAAUGUCCAAAGACUCGCCAGCUACCUUCAGGAGUUCGCUGAUCUGCAGUCUGGCCAGAUGAAUGGUUCAUCAUAG